CUCACCAUGGCGGCCCCCUGCGCGGAGAUGGAGCCGGUGGCGCCUCCAGCCUCUCCCCCCGCUGCUCCUGCGGCCGCGCCGGGCUCGGCCGGGCUCGUGUGCCCGCAGGGCCGCAACCUGCGGGCCGUGCUGUGCCAGCGCUGCGGCUCCCGGGUGCUGCUGCCCGGCGCCGCCACCUUCGCCCGCCGUGAGCUCCUCCUGCCCGCCAUGAGGAAGAAGGCGGCGACAGCGGCGGCGGGAGGCAGCGGGGACGUGCUGCGGGAGCACUGGCUGGUGCGCGACAUGUUCUCCUUCGAGAACGUGGGAUUCACCCGCGACGUGGGCAACGUCAAGUUCCUGGUGUGCGCCGACUGCGAGGCGGGGCCCAUCGGCUGGCACUGCCUCGACGACAAGGACAGCUUCUACGUGGCGCUGGAGCGCGUGGCCCACGAGUGACGCCGGCCCCGGGCUGGGAGCCGGGCCCGGCCGCCGGGAGCCCCGAGUGCUCCGCGGCCGGGCAGCCCUGCGGAAUGACCGCGGUCGGGCACCCCGAGCCCGACCGAGCACGGCCCGCCUGCCCCGCGGCCUGGCUGGCCACAGCUUGCCUACUCCCCGGUGUGACUGAACCAUGGCUCCACUGGUCACCCCGUUUCCCAGAUCCACAGGCUGAGCAGCAUCGGGAAUUGCAGCCCUGGCACAGCCAGCUCCUCACCUGCACCCACACGGGAAGAGUGUUGGUGGUGGGAGGGUCCCUGUACCCUGCAGGGACAGCUCACCCUGACAGCUUUGCCUGGUAGCCCAAUCUGCCCCAGUCUGGCUGCUCUACACUUCCCUGGUGGCUGCUGUUGCUCCAGGGGGCUGAUUGGUGGUGGCCAUGUGACACCAUGUGAAUGGGGGCACUGGGACUGGGCACUGCACUGACAGGACUGCUGCACUGAGUUGUUGUGGCAGCUGAAACUGUCUGACCUGCAGCCACAGCAGUUCCAGGGCUUAAGGCUGAAUCUUCUGUUGAUUUUCAGAAGGAAUGUUUGCUGCCUCAAGCUCUAACAUUUAUGUUCUCCAAAAUCUCAUCCCACCUGGCAGCUGUGGCACCUGAAGUGAGUGUAAGGCAUUCCAACUAACGUGUGCAGUCCUAUUAACUGAGUACUUGGGAACAAAACACAGGUAGAAUGUGCAGACAGCAUAAGCUGAUAGAGCAGCAAACAAAGAAAAUGUGCCAGACCAUAGAGCUUCCAGGCAACAAGAGUGAAGAGACUCCAGCCUGAAAAGCAUCUGAAUCAUUGGACAGGUAGUGCUGAAGCAUGUCAACAUAUGUGUGUGUGUUAAACAGCGAUGUCAGGAAGGAAUUUAACUUCUGUAAAAGCUGGUGGUAAGAGUAAUCUGGGAUAUUGUGACCAGUUUAGGUUUCUGCCUUUUAAAAGAUGGGCACAGAGCUGAAUAAAGAUGGAAGGAGGCUGCAGCA